CCUCUCCUCUGAGAUCAAUCACUAGACAUAAGUCGUUAACCAUGAUCACCGGAAAGGAUAUCUACGAUGUUCUUGCAGCUAUUGUGCCCCUGUAUGUUGCUAUGAUACUGGCAUAUGGGUCGGUGAAGUGGUGGAAAAUUUUUACCCCAGAUCAAUGUUCCGGCAUCAACCGUUUCGUUGCAGUUUUUGCAGUUCCACUACUUUCAUUUCAUUUCAUCUCCUCAAACGAUCCCUAUGCCAUGAACUACCGCUUCAUAGCUGCUGAUUCUCUCCAGAAGGUGGUUAUUCUUGCUGCCCUUUUCCUAUGGCAAGCCUUUUCCAAACACGGCAGCCUGGAGUGGAUGAUUACUCUCUUCUCUCUAUCCACUCUCCCCAACACUCUUGUCAUGGGGAUCCCCCUUCUAAAAGCCAUGUACGGGGAUUUCUCGGGGAACCUUAUGGUUCAAAUUGUAGUUUUACAGAGUGUAAUUUGGUACACUCUCAUGCUCUUCAUGUUUGAAUAUAGGGGAGCAAAGCUUCUCAUCAACGACCAAUUCCCCGAGACUGCUGGAUCCAUUACCUCUUUCCGAGUAGAGUCGGAUGUUGUUUCACUUAACGGCCGCGAGCCUUUACAAGCUGACGCUGAGAUCGGUGAUGAUGGUAAACUCCAUGUUGUGGUGAGAAGAUCAAGCGCGACAUCGAUGGUGUCGUCGUUCAACAAAUCACAUGGAUUGAAUUCAUUAACCUCCAUGACGCCCAGAGCAUCAAACCUGACCGGGGUCGAAAUCUACUCCGUUCAGUCAUCCAGAGAACCCACUCCCAGGGCUUCAAGCUUUAACCAAAAUGAUUUCUAUGCCAUGUUUGCAAGCAAGGCUCCGAGUCCCAAGCAUGGAUACACAAAUAGCUUCCAGGCCCAGGGGGCAAUUGGCGAUGUUUAUUCGCUGCAAUCUUCAAAAGGAGCGACACCAAGAACUUCAAACUUCGACGAGGAGAUGCUGAAGCUUGCCAAGAGAAGAGGAGGAAGGAGCAUGAGCGGCGAGUUGUAUAACGGCUAUCCACCGCCGAAUCCCAUAUUUUCAGGGUCUACCAGCGGUGGGUCAAAGAAGAAGGAAAGUGGAGCGAUGCCGAACAAGGAGCUUCACAUGUUUGUUUGGAGCUCCAGUGCUUCUCCUGUAUCUGAAGGGAAUCUGAGGCAUGCAGUAAAUAGAGCAGCCUCUACAGACUUUGAAUCUUCUAAAGCAACCCAUCAACAAGAAAACGCUGCUUCAAGAGCAAUGCAAGAGCUAAUUGAAAAUAUGAACACGGCCGGCAAGACCGGUGAUGGGGACAAGGAUGUGGAGAUAUUGGAGGAGGGAUCCUCUCCCUUGAGUUGUCAGAAAAAGGAAGAAGUCGAUGUGGCAAAGAAGCAGCAAAUGCCUCCUGCAAGUGUGAUGACAAGGCUUAUUCUUAUCAUGGUUUGGAGGAAGCUGAUAAGGAACCCUAACACAUAUUCCAGUCUUAUAGGCUUGAUUUGGUCCCUCGUAUCUUUCAGGUGGAACAUUCAAAUGCCAACAAUUGUAAGUGGGUCGAUAGCAAUAUUAUCCGAUGCUGGUCUAGGAAUGGCAAUGUUUAGUCUAGGCUUAUUCAUGGCACUACAACCAAAGAUCAUAGCUUGCGGAAAAUCAGUAGCAACAUUUUCCAUGGCUGUCAGGUUCUUGACUGGUCCCGCAGUCAUUGCUGCAACCUCCAUCGCCAUUGGUCUUCGUGGCGUUCUUUUGCAUGUCGCAAUCGUUCAGGCCGCUCUUCCACAAGGAAUAGUUCCAUUUGUGUUUGCCAAGGAGUAUAACGUUCAUCCCGACAUCCUUAGCACUGCGGUUAUUUUCGGAAUGCUGAUUGCUCUGCCCAUUACAAUACUCUAUUAUGUGCUUCUGGGACUGUAAUUUCUGGGGAAACAAACAGCAAGGAAAGCAAAUGAAAAACACAAUCGGAUUGCU